AUAAAUUACCAAGAAGAAGAAGAUGAAAGGAAAGAUGAUGACGACGGCGAAGAAGACGACGACGCCGGAAAACGCCAUUUUGUUGUUGAACCGGACCAGAAGGAAGGCUCGAGAAGCAAUAGAAAAGGUGAGCCAAGAUGGGGAAUUUUGCUAGCCUGUUUGGUAAACUGUUUGGCAAGAAAGAAAUGAGGAUUCUGAUGGUGGGACUGGAUGCUGCUGGAAAGACCACUAUCCUGUACAAGCUCAAACUGGGAGAAAUUGUUACCACAAUCCCUACCAUCGGUUUUAAUGUUGAGACAGUAGAAUACAAGAACAUCAGUUUUACAGUGUGGGAUGUCGGUGGUCAGGACAAGAUCAGGCCACUCUGGAGGCAUUACUUCCAAAACACACAAGGCCUCAUCUUUGUAGUGGACAGUAAUGACAGGGAGCGAGUUGGUGAGGCAAAGGACGAGCUGAUGCGAAUGCUGGCUGAGGAUGAGCUGAGGGAUGCUGUGCUGCUUGUGUUUGCCAACAAACAGGACCUGCCCAAUGCCAUGAAUGCAGCUGAGAUCACAGACAAGCUGGGUUUGCACUCGCUGCGCCAGCGUAGCUGGUAUAUCCAAGCCACGUGUGCCACUAGUGGAGAUGGUCUCUAUGAGGGUCUCGACUGGCUUUCAAACCAGCUAAAGAACGCAAAAUGAUCCAUCACCCCAUCUGCUGUCUGUCAUCUCUGUCUGCAGUGUGAUGGGAGACUGCACUGGUCCUGGUCUCACUCUCUCCUCUCCUUUCCUCUUUCAUCUGAAGUGUUGGACCUUUGGCCAGUGCUCCCCUACAUCUGUGUACUGUAUGUGUGUGUGUUUGGAUGAAUAUUUUUGGAUGAAUGAAUGUGUGUGAGCUGAGUGGGAGCAGCCCUGCUGUGCCUUGAUCAGUUAACUCUCAAGCACCUCAUCCAACUGCACUGGUCUCCACAAAGUGACACAUGAUGCUGAGCCCAGCGUGUUAUCUGUCCAGGAUAUUUGUUACAAAUGAACAAUAAUUCAGUCUUAACUUCUGCUGGUAACAUUAAGGCUUUUGUGAUGACUGUUUAUUCACCCUUAAAAGCCAGGUACACAACACAGUAUACCACAGUGUAACCGUCAUAUUUGAGACAAUAAAAUACUUGACAUCCCAAAUGAAUUCACAUUCUUUUGAAAGUGAGUUUUGAUUACUGCAGUGAACACUGAAUAGGUUCAGUCAGCAUGUGUUCCUGGAGAUCAGUUUUCCCAUUUGUUAAAUAAUUCAGUUUUUAAAUUCAAUUUAGUCCCACCUCUGAACGUUAUCCCUCAUGGCCAUUACACAUGGUAUUUAUUUUCUAAUGUGUGUAUCCUCGGGUGCUGUGAGGGUUUCAGCUACAUCCAGUCAACUGGAAUGGUGAGGCCUUUCUAGAGUUGCUCCCACUCUGGCUUUUUAUUUACUGGUCGUCUUGUCUUGUAUGUAGUUCUUUGGGUUAGGGUCUGUUUUCUAUUGUAUUGUGUGUAUUUUUUUUUUUUACUUUACUGUUAAUGCAUGCAUGACCUGGUUUACUUUAGCAUGAGCUGACAUGCCAGGUGUGCAGUCUUUUGAGUGAAAUGCUCUUGGGACCAAUUGGUUGGAUUCAGAAAGGGCUCAUUGUGUUUGGUUCAGUUUUGGAUUUGCCUGCGGAGCGUGAGGUCGUCCCCUCGUGUUCUCCAGAGGACACAACACUCUUGAACAAAUUGCCAGCGCGAUGAUAAGCGGUACAGUUGAAUUGGAAGUGUUUUUCUCUGGCUUACUGUAUGACUAAGCACUGUAAAUGCUUCCUCAGUGCUUUAGGCUUUAUGGUGUUUUUCCUGCAUGUAGCCAGGGCGCUUCCCCUGGAGUAUACCUCAUCAGCUUGCACAACAAUGGUCUAUGUUAACACAGCAGUUUAUCCAUCAGCCCUUGCAACUAAUCCAUAGACAGUAACCCUUUCCAUUGCGCUACACCAGCAGACAGUGAAAAUGUGCAAAUACAAAUGGCACCUGCUAACCCAAUAACAAAAUAGUUUCCCACACAUCCAUUGAUCCCAAAGGCUCCUACAAAUAAUAUGAAACCAAUCUUGAACUGUGCACAUCCCUUACUGAGUGAAGAUGAUUACGGUCAUAUCACACUGACAUCUAAAGUAAAUUUCAUUUGUUUUUCUAGAACUGGACAUUUAGGUGUUUUCUUGGAAAGUUUGAGUAACUGAUCGACUAUUCUUUUGGGCUUUCUUUGUCCAUACAUUAAGGUAUUUCCUAAGCAUCUAUAAAGGUCAUAGGAUAAGUGACUUAAUCUGGUAUACAGCGAGAAAUACAAAUGUAUAUAAAAUCUCUAAGAAAGUAUUUUAACUUGACAUCAUCCACCACCUACCCUUGUUCAGAUGUGAAGCUUUAAUUUUCAAGAUCGUUUCUGUACAAAUGACAAGGUAUGUGCAUAUGUAUUUCUUAAUUACCUUUUACGCUUUUUUAAACUCAUCUUGUAACAUCUGAUAAAUGCACUAUAAUAAAGAGAUCUCUAUUGUA